CCGCGUGAGCACACAACCUGGCAGCUCUAGAGCUUUUCUUUCUCGUCGUUUACACUAACUCGACACACCUCCAACACACAAACGAAGAAAAAUGUCGAUCGCCUCCUCCCUCGAUGACGAUGAUGACACUCUCUCCUCCGUCCCGCCCUCAUCCCCACACUCCCCCGCCUCCCACGCCUCGCAUCCACCCUCACAAUCCCCAACAACAGCAACACCACACAUCUCCCCCGCGGCGCUCCCGGUGCAAUCCCUCGUAGCCGGUCGCGAGCGCCGCUCCAACGCCGGAAACCUCCUCGCGAAGCUCCUGACGCAAGAAGCGGACGCGGACGACACGCUCUUCCUCGAGGACGAGGACGACGUCGAGUUCUCUGUCAAAAAGGAGGAUCGCGGGGACGACGACGAUGUGCUCAUGGACAGCAGCAGUGACUCUGACGAGGACGCGGCUGAGGGGGGGGAGGAGGGCGAGGCGGAGGGCGAGCGGGAGAUUGUGCUAGCCGAGAAGGAGGCGCGCAAGGCGCGCAAAAGGAAGGCGGACGAUGCGUUCAUGAAACCCAGGAAGCAGCCGGCGCCGAGGAAGGAGCGCAGAGUUACGAUCCGCGAGGGCGUGGCAAGAGUCAGGCUGCAGGAUGAGGAGCUGGAGGAGGCUGCAGCGGAGGACGCGGAUGAGCUCGGCGAUGCGCUUUCCCGCCCGCGGAAGAAGAGUGAGCGCAUCUCCUGGGUGCCCGAGUUCGUGGCGACGAGGGCGUCGUCGCGCACGCUAUCGCUACAGAACAGGAGCGAGACUAUGCGGCGCUUGGAGGAGAGCGAGAAGCGCCGGUUACAUACGAUCGCGCUGAUGGAGCGUGCGGCGGCGAAGAAGGAGAAGGUUCGGCCGAAGCGGGAAAUGACACAGGAAGAAAGGUUGGAGGAAGCGAAGAUCACGGAACGACGGAAUCGCAGGAGUCUCUUUUCUUGGGAGGAGACCGAGAAAGCGAAACUUGAGGAACAGCGGGAGAGAUUGGCGGCACUACAGAAUAGGAAAUUGGCUGGGCCAGUGAUUACAUAUUGGAGUGGGGCGGCGGAGUGGAAUGCGGAAACAGGGCGACUGGUCAAGGUUGGGAGAGGGCUGGUGCAGGAAGUUGUCGAGGUUGAGGCGCCGGUGAAAAAGAAGCGGCUGACGAAGAAGGAGAAAGAGGAGAAGGAGAAGGAGAAGGAGAAAGCAAAAGUACAGGCCGGGGACGAGAAAGUUGCAACACGGACUGAUGCUACAGCAUCGUCCGAAAGUGCAACAAGAAUUGAUGCUACAACAUCGUCCGAAAUUGCAACACGGACUGAUGCUACAGCACCGUCUGAAAGUGCAACAAUAGUGGUGAAGGGUCCAUCAUCACCGAUGACAUCAGCACCGCCGAUCAUAAGGGCGCCCGAUCCGGCUGCGAGUACAGUUACGGCAACGUCUACAACUACAAUAUCCCCGAGAAAGGCCGCCAGUAAUUUCCCUGUAUUUGUUGACGGCGUUGCCGAAGUUGUUGUUAAAGAAGAUCCCGCCCUUCCGGAAGCGGUUCCUUCGGUCCCUUCGAUCCCCCCUCUGGAAACAACCACCCCUCUGGAAAAAACCACCUCUCUGGAAACAAUCACCCCUCUGGAAACAGCCCCUUCAGUGCCCGAUGGUAAGACUCACCAAUCAUCACCACCACCACCACCGCAAGGGAUACCCGGAACUCCACCACCGCCUCCACCACCCAACCAAGUAUCGGCGCGCAAUUUGAUAGUGCUCGAGAACUUUGAGCCCUCAACCGUAAGAGACAAGGCCAGUCUCGUCAAGCUCCUCUGGGGCGAACAGACCAGGCGACUCGGUGCGUUUAGCUCUUCCCUUCUCUUUUUUUCCCAUCCAUAGUUGCUACUCCGUCUCCAGUGCAUCUCCUCGCUCUUUGAUCCCUUCCGUGCAUCUCCUCACUCUUUGAUCCCUUCCGUGCAUCUCCUCACUCUUUGAUCGGGGCAUCCCAUCACUCUUUGAUUCCCCUUCCAUGUCUCAUCGCUCUCUGUCCUC